AUGCUUCUCCCCCAAGAAACUUAUGGGAAAACUUUCGUCAUUCCGGAACUUUGUGUGGGCAGAAAACACUUGGGCUGUUACUUCUUAACGGCGGGGGAAAACAACUCGAAAGUCUUCAUUCACGAGGCGGAGGACGUGGUGUUGAUAAAUCUCCGGCAUGCCGGAAAAUCAGAACAGCGCAAAUACCAGGGAGCCACUUACAUCAACAGCACUAAUGGGAUUCAAGUGGCGAUCAUUUGGCACUCCCAGUGUGCCGGACGUGAAAAAAACAUCUCUAUCGUUUUGGGAGAUGUGGCUCUGUCCAUAAUCAUCCCCAUGCCUCUGUACUACUAUUCCUACUUUUGGAAAGUGAUAGACUCCAACAGACCAGGGGGUGUGUUUUAUCACUAUUAUACAACAAUAUUUAACCAGGCGAGUGUACCGAAUCUAAAAGGUGAACAUAGACUUAGUUCCCAAAUAUCUACUUCAAAUAUACCAGGUCUGCCAGAUUGGAAAUUUGGCAACUACAUUGUGAAUAUCAUGGGCUUUGAUAACAGGGCUUUGCAACUGUUUGCAUCAGAUAAACGACCUUUUGGUUGCUAUGUCUACGGAGUGGCUUACCAAGAGGCAUUUUUACGUCCUGCAGGAUUCAUAUCGAGUCCUAUUAAUAAAUGCACCAGGUUGAUGGUUUCCAUGGAACCAGGAGAUCUCAUUGACAAUGAUUGUGAUGGUCGCGUUGAUGAGGAAGUUGCAAAUGAAAGAGAUGAUGAUCAUGACGCUCAUGUGGAUGAAGAUUUGAUGUUCCUGACAGAGGCAGAGUUAACAAAGUUACUUCUAGAGGAAGAGAGAAGAGAGAAAGAAUUGGGCAUAGUUCACGGGGGAUGGGGGGAGUGGAGCAUGUGGCAAUGUACAGCAAACUGCCCCAGUCCCAUCAAGAUUAGAACGAGACUAUGUGACAGCCCGACACCAAACAACGGAGGGAGACAGUGUGCAGGAGACGCCAGUGAGUCUCAGGAUAGUGAUUGUUACAGGAAACAAAUUUGCCCUGAAGAUUGUGAUGACUACCGGUGGGACAUUGAUUGUGUCGGCACGUGUACCAUGUGCACAUCGCCUUGUGACAAGAGAACUGGUGUUUGUGAUUCUUGCAAGCAAGGUUUCAAGUCAUCUAGUACUGGAUGCAACGUACCAUGUGGAUUUAACGAGUUUGGAUUUAAUUGUGAAGGCAAUUGUACGUACAAGUGUGGCGACGAUUGCUAUGAGAGAAUCAAUGGAGACUGUCCAAUUCACGGUGUCUGGGCACAAUGGACCGAAUGGGGCUGUACAGAGAAUUGUAAAGAUACAAGACAAAUAAGAAACAGAAAAUGCGACAAUCCAGCACCAAGCCAUGGUGGCGACUUCUGCCUAGGUCUAGACACCGACUACAGAGCUUACACAUGUUUCUCAAAAAUUACAUGUCAAGAAGAUUGUCCUCCUUUUCGCUGGGAAUUGAACUGCUCAGCGAGCUGCGAGAACUGUAUUGAUGACUGUAACAAAUUUACAGGCUCCUGUUCAAGGUGUAAGAAAGGUUUCAAACUGCCGCUCUCUGCUUGUUUAAUCAUCUGUUCGCCCAAUGAAUACGGAGAGAAUUGUGAAGGGAAUUGUCUCACCAAAUGUGGGGAGAACUGCUACGAUGGAGUGGAGGGGAUAUGCUCAGUUCAUGGUGGAUGGACAGACUGGGAGAACUGGCAAUGUACUAGCACUUGCAAAGUGUCUGAGGAAAUUCGAAAAAGAAGUUGUACAAAACCCAGACCAGAGCACGGAGGUCGCAACUGCAUCGGAACUGACACGGAAAUGCGAAACGCCACAUGUUAUAAGGGAGUCAUUUGUUCGGAAGAUUGCCCACCUUACACCUGGGAUUUGAACUGUGUGAGGAGCUGCAAUAACUGCAUUGACGAUUGUAACAAAAUGAACGGUUCCUGCUCCUCUUGUACAAAAGGUUUUAAGUUUCCAGAAGCUGGUUGUAUCGAAGCUUGUGGAAAGUUUCAAUUCGGAGAAAACUGCGCAGGAGACUGCACAAAGAAAUGUGGAGAAGAUUGUUUGGAGCGAAAGACGGGCACUUGCCCUAUUCACGGUAACUGGGGCUUAUGGACAGAGUGGACAUGCGCUGAGUGUCCAGACAACAUAUUACUGAGGUCAAGAAAGUGUGACAACCCAGCGCCAAACGAAGGCGGCUAUCCGUGCAAGGGAACGGGCAAUGAAACGAAACUCUCCACGUGUUAUCGGAAUAUCAUCUAUUGCUAUGACGAAUGUCCAUAUAAAACUUGGUCUUUGAAUUGCUCAAAGACUUGUCCGCAUUGUGCUGACGACUGCAACAAGCGCACUGGCACAUGCUCUGGCUGUUUGUCUGGGUUUAAACAACCAGACUUGGGAUGCACAAAAGAAUGUGAGGUUGGAGAGUACGGGACAAAUUGUCUUGGCAACUGCACAAUGAAAUGUGGGGAAGACUGCCAGGACAGGAUCACUGGGAGAUGUCCAGUUUAUGGGACAUGGAUGGACUGGGCGGAAUGGCACUGCACUCGGAAUUGCAGCGAAACACGACUUAUAAGAUACAGGAGGUGCAAGCCAAACGAAAGUCAAAGCUUGUCAAUGCCGGUCAGAUGUAAGGGAGAAAAUGUUGAAAUGAUGAAGUCAACCUGUUAUGUCACUUUGACAUGCCCACUUGAUUGUCCAGACUUUCACUGGGGCAUCAAGUGCAGGGCUUGCCCCCAUUGUAAGUACGACUGCGACAAAUUCAACGCUUCAUGCCGGAAGUGCCUCCCAGGGUUUCAAUCUCCGGAAACCGGAUGUCAAAGAGAAUGUGAUGAAUUGUUUUACGGUCAGGAUUGUUUAGAAAGCUGCCAAACUAAAUGUAAAAGUGACUGUGUCGAUAGAGUUAAAGGUGUCUGUCCUGCCAACCAAGACCACCUUUGGAGUCUACUCGUUCUGAUUUUGCCUUUUCUGAUCUUUUGCUCAGUCUGUAAAAGUGACAGGAAGUUAAGUUACGACAAAGAUAGUCAAGAAGCGGAGGACACGAAAUUUUCAACAGGCCAUACAGACACUUCCGAGUUGUAAACCCACCGGCUGUACAUGCAGAUCACGGUCAAGGUCGAAAGAGUUUGAGAAAAUAUUUUGUUGCCUGCAAAAAGACGAAUCAUUUUAUUUCAAAUAAUGUACAUUUCUUUUCUUUUCUUUUCUUUGCUGUUCGCUGUUCAUUUGAAGUUAUGAAAAUAAACACAAAGGUUAUAUAAGAAAAGUAUUCGAAAAUUUAUUUCGCACUUUUGUUUAUGAUCGUCAAUACUGAAUGUUAUAAUUUUAACUGCACCAUUUCCUCUUCAUUGAAUACACUUGUAAUUGUCAUAGAAAAUGUAGAUCUUAGAUAUGUUUCAUACCUUACAGCUCAGUCACCUCUCUGACGAUUGAAUGAGUAACACAUGGGGCUCCUGUAUAAAAAGUGUGGUAGUUGCUGGCGUAUA